AGGAAAAGCAGUCUACACGAAAGGGAGUCAAUUUAGCCUCCUUUUUUUUUUUUUUUAAUUCCGCGACUGUUUUGCUGAACACAUGCAAGAUAUAUAACACGUAGUUGUUUGGAAGAUGACCAUUUUUUUUAGUUGGACAGUCUCUGUUGCUAUGGUAGCCUUUUGCUGAUGCUGCAGAGAGAACCAAGCUCUCAGACAGGCAGACGUUGAACCACCUGGACCACGGACGAGGAAUGUCCAACAGACAAUCAGACGGGUCCAUGGGCGACCAGACCUCCCUCCUGCUGGAGCAACGCUUCUCUUCCGACCUGCAGCUGGACUGUGACUCACUGGACAACCACCAUGGCCAACCACAGGGCUCGCCCACGUCCCAGGCCGAGCCCCCAUUGGCCGAAGGUUCUAUGGGGCGGAAGCCGGUGGUCCUGAGCACUCAGAGUGCGGCGGCGCGGAAGCUGGGCACCCAGCAGCUAAUCCCCAAGAGUCUAGCGGUGACCAGUCGGCCCAGUAAGCCCCGCCACCACACCACCGUGGUCACCUUUCCCUUGGGUCUGGAGGCCGACUCCACCACCACCUCCUCCAGGAGCCGUCACUCUGCCAUGGAGCCUGAUGCAUCCUGGGAGGACUACGACAGUGACGGGAAUGGCUUCGCAUCGAGGAGGAACCGCAGGAACCAGUCGUACCGGGUGGCGGUGACCAGCCCUGACAUGGAAGCCAUUGCUGUGAACAAUGGGGGCGCGAACACGCUCAUGCCUGUAAAGGAGGACAGCAGAGCAUCCAGCCCAGGGCCGGCACACCUUCCCGCACGCAAGAGAACCUUGGGGAGAAAGAGGAACCAGAGGCACGGGGGCUCAUUCAAAGACGAUCCUCGGCUGUACCAGGAGAUCACGGAGCGGGGGCUGCAGCCCACCACUAUUGCGGAUGAUGAUGACUUUGUCCACGUGGAGCCACCUGGGGAGGACCAGGCCAUCGUGGUAAAGAGCUACAGGCCAGCGCAGGUUACCUGGAGCUCGCUACAGCAGGUGAAGGAUAACGGCAUUCUUCAGAUGAUCUCUGCUGAGGAGCGGAAGCGACAGGAGGCCAUAUUUGAGAUCAUCACCUCAGAGUUCUCGUACCUCCACAGCCUUGGCAUCCUGGUGAGGCACUUCAAAGGGAGCGAGGCACUGCGGAAGACCAUAACUGCCACCGAGCACCACCAUCUCUUCUCCAACAUCGCUGUCAUCGAAGGUGUCAGCAAAAGGUUUUUCGACGACCUUGAAAGGCGUCACCAUGACAACGUGGUGAUCCGGGACAUCAGCGACAUAGUGCAGAACCACGCCGCCCACCACUUUGAGCCCUACAUCGUGUACUGCUCCAACGAGACCUUCCAGCAGAGGACGCUGCAGAAGCUGCUAACGAGCAACACUGCUUUUAAGGAGGUGCUGAAACGGAUUGAGGGGAGUGGCGAGUCCCAAGGCCUGCCCAUGAUCUCCUUCCUCAUCCUUCCAAUGCAGAGAGUCACCCGGCUGCCGCUGCUAUUAGAUACGAUCUGUCAGAAAACUCCAGACACAACGGCGGAGCACUUUGCUGCAGUGUGGGCCCUGAAGGCCAUCAGUAAGUUGGUGAAUAGCUGCAACAACGGAGCAAGGCGAAUGGAGAGGACGGAACAGAUGUACACUAUUCAGAAGCAGAUGGAGUUUGGCAAGAUCAAGCCUUUCCCACUGGUGUCGUCAUCACGGUGGCUGCAGAAGCGCGGGGAGCUCGCCGUCUGCACUGAGGAGCUCAGUAUCUUCUGGAAGGCCUUCAGCCACAGGAGCUACUACCUGUUCCUCUUCAACGACGUGCUCAUCGUCACCAAAAAGAAGAGUGAAGAGAGCUAUGUGGUGAUGGACUAUGCCACGCUGGUGAAUGUGGAGGUGGAAUCGGCAGAGGAGCUGGAGGGACGGACAUCACCACCUGCCAAGGGAGGCUCCGCCCACCUGUCUCUGCGACUGCUGAUGUCAAGGAACAGCGAGGGGAGACCGGAGGAGAUUGCUCUGGUCGCUGAGUCCAGGGUCGACCGCGCUCGUUGGGUAAGUGCUCUCCGGGAGCACAAGCAGAACAGGACCAGUGCAGACGGCCUGCCGCAGUACGAGGCCACCAAAGCUUACAUGCCCAAGGAGCCAGACGAGCUAGGCCUGCAGCAAGCAGAGGUAGUCAUCCUCCUGCAGAAAGAAGAGGACUGGUGCCAUGGGGAGAGGAUGAGGGAUGGAGAGAGAGGCUGGUUUCCUGCCAGUUGUGCCACGGAGAUCACCAACCGCAUUGCCAUGGAGAACAAUGUACAGCGUAUGAAGCGUCUGCGCAAGGAGACCAACGUUUAGCCAACCAACAUCCCUGCCUCCAUAUCAGCAACAGACCUCACUUGCUUGGGCAGGAAGUAGCUGCCAUGGUAGUGUUGUAUGAAUUUAAUGUCAGUUCUGUAAAUGUAUUUCUAUUUUACAUUAAUUUGAAACAUGCCAUGGUGGUGGGAGUGUCAGUAAUGCCUUCCCCAUCUAUGUUAAUUGUGAUGCCUGCAAGUGCCAAAUAAAUAUUAAAACUUGUAUACAUUCUUAACUACAGUAUAUACCCAACCAAGUCUUUGAUUAAUUGAAAGUGGUUGUCAUGUAUUUGGACAGCACAGACCAUUGGUGCAAAACAAACAGUUGAGUCCACAGUUCUCCUUUGACUUUUUAUUUGAGCUUGCGUUGUUAAAAUUCAUGUUUGAAUACAUAAAAAGUUAUUUAAAAAUGUCAACUGACCAGAUAUCAAAUUACUUUUAAAAACCAUUUGGUGUAAAAACUUAGGACCGAUUUUUAGAAAAACAUCUGCCGUUUCCCCAACUUUUUUAAAUUUUUAUAGCUGUCACAAAAAUAAUGGAACAUAACAGGUCUGCAUA